AUGCGAUCGGGUGGGCGCCCGCACAAGCGUCAUUCGGCACCAGUGCAAAGUCCUGGUCUGGUCUGGUCAUCUCAGCCCUUGGAGGCAGCGUCGUUGAUCGGCAGUAGCAGACAGGGAAAAGCGGCCGGGCGCGGAGGGCAGAUGGGCUCGUCACCACCAUUCUUCUCCCUCAUGCGCAUACCUUCACCCACCGCCAGACUUUACCUUACACUACGUCCCACUCACUCGUCUGCGAUCGCAUCCUUCGUCCUGGGAUCUAGUACGCGGCCAUCGCUUGCGCCGACUCAUUUGUCAGCGUUUCGUCAAGGUGAGCAUUGA